AUGGUGACGGAUGCGCAGCGCAGCGGGUUGCACCUCGCGGCGGAGUCGGGGGCUGCGGAGGCCUGUGACCUGCUCUUGGAGAUGGCCGAGGACGCCGCUGCGCUGCUGAAUUGUCAGGACUGGGAAGGGGCCACCGCAGCGCAUAUGGCUGUGCGAGGUGGUCACGCGGAGGUGUGCCGGCGGCUGGCAGAGCAGCGAGCGGACCUGCAGGUGCCCCCGGCUCAGUCCGUAUUUGACGUCCGGUUCCAUGUUCAUGCACUGGAGGGGUAG